AUCCACUGAGAACAGUGUAUUGUUGCAAGGAGUCUCUAUGUAACGAAGCAAAAGCUUGCCCAGAAUCACGAGAUAUUGCAAUAGUGUCCUUAAUGUGGAGAAUUCAGAUUAUGUUGACUUGAUUUUAAAGAACUCAGUGUACCUGAUUUUAUUCAAAUUUAACUUGUAAAUGCUUAUUAUACAUUAACAGGCAUUGGUUGGGGUGUGGUAGGGGUGGGUAAUCUUCACAAAACUAGUAAAUUUCAUUUUUAUACUAGUUCAAUAAUGCAGUAUUUAUGAAAGAAAAAUGCAGUUUAAAGUCAUUGCCUCAUUGGAGAUGGAAAUUGUGUCUUGAACAGCUGUAAGGCUUGCAAAAUGAAUUAAAAAAUGACACAAUUAAACUUACCUGUUGGUUAAUUAUAGGGAAUUAGUGUGUCACCCAUCAAGGCAAGUAUAAAGUUCAACUCCUAUUUGUCAGGGUUUCGGGAAAAUACUGAAAUUUAAUGAAGGAUUCAACACUUCUGGUGAAGAUGACAAAAUAUAAAAUUCGACACAAUGUAUAUUAGCUUGUGUUUUUCUUUUAUGAGCUUGCGGGAAGGAUUUUAAAAAAGGGAACUUCUUUGAGCAAUCACAGAAGGAACCAAUGAAAAAAUUCUUAAGAUUUAUUUGAUAGUGACGCGAUCGUGCUUUUUUCAAAUUUUGGUUGCAGACGACACCAUGAAGACUGUUAAGUGGCUGUAGCGCCCUCAUGCUUGAGCAUGGUGACGAUCUUUCCAGGUUAUCGUACUCCGUUCAAGUGAUGCUGGGUACCGCGCGGUCUACAAAUUGUAAACAUGGCUGCCCGCUUGAUUUUACAAAGUGACUGGAACGAAUCGCUUUGGCAAAACGAAGGCCAAGCGUGGGUACUUUGCAAGACUCUCGGUGAGGGCAGCACCAGCAUUCAAGGCGAGUUGAAGUCGCAGGGAUUGGACAACAAAGGCAUCCCACAAGUGGUUGCGUCCGAGGGCUUCAGAGUUCUGGAUAUCACGCGAAGAACGAUAACCAUUUCUUACCCGGAGAAAGAUGUGAAAGCAAAAUUUCAGGCUAAAAGUGGUGCAUUUAGGAAUAUCCACGACAGGGGAAUUGUCAGUCUUGACAUCUCCUCUGGUGGUGCACUGGGCGUGUCGUCCGAUUCAAACGACGCCUUGAGGGUGUGGCAGACAUCGGAUGGAACGGUGCGGAGAGAGCUUAAGGGUCAUUUUGGUGAGGUCAUCACCUGCCGAUUCUUCCCAUCCGGCAUCGUGGUGCUGACCGGCGGCCUGGACAGACAGAUCAAGAUAUGGUCAGCCGAGGAUGGCAGCUGCCCAGUCACCAUCCGGGGCCACUCAGGCGGCGUUUCCUGCACGGCCAUCGUGGACAGGGGCCGCAACAUCAUCACAGGUUCCCGUGACGGCACUGCCCGGCUGUGGAACUGCGGCAACUCCAAGUGCCUGGCGACGGUUCACACCGUUAAGGGCUUCAUCAACGCCUGCGCCGUCAGUGGAGUCAGCGACUCCAUCGACCUGGGCAAGCCAGUAAAACCGCCAGCGGAGGAGGAGGUUGGAACAGCGGGGAAGUUGUUGCUAUUAGCAACCGAGAGUGGGGAUCUGAUUGGUGUAGGACUCCACAGCAGGAAGAAGAUUUUCCAAGUGAAAGGCCCUGCGGCCUUCAACUGUUGCGCGUUCCUGCCCAAUGACAGGGUGAUCGGCGGAUGCCAGGAUGGAACCGUUCACAUAGUAGACAUCAGAAAUCACAGUCAACCCGCCAAAAUUCUGCGAAAGACAUCCUCUCCCAUUCUCUGCAUUCAAGCCCACAAGAACGGCUUCAUCGCUGGGACAGCCGAUGGCUCCUGCUUCCUCCUGGACCUAGAGACCGACGACUGGCUAGAGUUGACCGGCUCUGACUGUGACCCCAUCUACGCCCUCUGCUGCCACGGAAACACACUCUACACCGCUUGCCGGGACGGAAUUAUUCGCAAGUACCAGAUAUAGAUCAUGUGAUUUGCCCGAUUCUUUCUUCUUCGAAAGCCAAACGUCGGGACAUGAUAUGAGUCAAGAGCUGAUGGAGAGGGGGAAAAAAAGGAGCACGGCAAAGGUAAAAGGUCAUCAGCCAGUGUGGUCGUCAAGCAAUCGGGGCAUUACAUACACCCCUUCACUGCUCAUGAGUCAGGUGACCCAGGGCAUGAUGGGAUAUAUGAUGCAGUAGACUCAUUUCAAGCCGUUAGCAGCGGAUGCUCUAAAGAGUACGGUUAUCUGAAUAUGUGAAUAGGAUCUUUGAGAGGAUUAGUCUGUUAUUAAUUGGUUUGUUGUAGAGGAUAUCAGAGAACGGUGUAAUUUGCAUGUAGUUGGAGGGUGUGCCCCCCCCAAAAAAGUGAUUAACCUGCAAAUUGUAACCUGUAUGUCCACGCUCAUAUCAAACCUCAUUUUCGCUGUGUUUUACACACCGUCUUGUUCAUUCUUGAAGUUAGACUUUAGGCCCAAAAUAUUGAGGCCCAUCCACGAUGCACGCACAGUGUCAAAGACUUGGGAGUGACUUGGGUUUUAUCAGGGCUACAGCAAAACAAAAACCAGUUAUUGAUACCGGGAGAGUCAGUUUAUUUCACUUUCACCAAACAUGAGCCCGUCACUCCAAGUGAACCAACUGUAAAACAUUUGACACUGCUGUAUGGAGAGAGAACAACAUUAAACCUUCUGGCAAGACAUCACAAAAUAGAGUUUCACAUUUGCUUUCCAGUGUAAGUUAUCUUUGUUCCGACUAAUUUCUCGUUGGAACUCAAGCAAUGAUUGUUGUCGCUGGUGUUAUUUGUCCGUUGAAUCCUCCGUAAAUUGUACCAUUGAAAUGGUUAAAUGUCAGGUCCCAUUGAAGAAAAAAAUAGCUGGCGUCGACUGACGUCAGUCUGCGACGCU